UUUACGAGAAGAAGUAUAAAAUUACUAAAUUAUGUUUAUAAUCACUCUUAAUUAAAUAGUUAAUUGCAACUAAUAAAACUCUAGAAGGAGUUUUACUAUGAUUAUCCAUAAUAUUUAAUCAGUUUUUGGUUAAUAUAUUUUCUUUUACCACCUGAUUCUCGCUGAGAACGUCAAACGUCACAUACUUGGUUAAAAAAUACGUCAUUUCUCCAAUAAAGCUACAAUUUGUUGUGAAUCAAACGACUCAAUCGGAAAAGUGAACAUAGAGAACAUCAUAAUCAUUUUUUAAACUUUAAACCAAAAAUAAAAGAGGAAGUGGAGAACAACCUUUUUUCUAUGUCAAGUUUGCAGAAAUGAUGGAUCCCACUCUUAAAAUACUAUAAUCAACCUAUAUAUUUAUGUAUGAUCAUCAUGUUAUAUACCACAUAUAUAAUGAUAUACAUGAUACAUAGUUCCAUCACACACAUAUAUAUGCUGAUUAAAGUAAUUGACACACUAUUUCAUACUCAUAAAUCAUAAUAUUAAUAUACAGGCACCCUCGGUCAUCUGCUCUCUAACAUUCACCCAAUCAUGUUCCGAAUGCAUAAAAUUAAAUAUAAUUUCAAGUCCGAUGAGAAAAUCGAGGAGCAAAUAAAGGUGCCUAAGAAUAUUUCUAAUGAUUCAUUUGAUGUAGAGUCUCUCUACACUACCGUUAGAUUCAUCCUCAAACGGUCAAUCCGAAAUUUUCAGGAAGCUACUCCUCAGGUAGAGGAAGAGGAGCCUAAGCCAAAAGGAAGUUUGAGACUCCCCAUUUGCUAUUUGAAGAAGAUCAUAAGCAGUGAGUUAUUGAGUUGUAAAGAUCAGCUGGAAAGUGCAGAAAUCGCACAUGAAACCGCAGUAAGUAUACUGAAAAAGCUAGAAGAUUGUACAUGGAUGGCAAAGGCAGUGCUAACCCUAGCUGUUUUCGCAAAGGAGUAUGGGGAUUUCAUUGAAUAUCAUCGAAACAAAUACAAUAUUAAUAAUGAUUUGGCCACUUCUGAUCAACUCACAGACUCAUUGGCUUUUCUGAAAGGGUGGAAAAUUGAAUUAUUAGACAAACAGAAAACUGAAAUUCGAGAGCUAAAUGUUCUGAUCGAGAAGACACUUGAACUGAUGAAUGCCAUGAAUGAGUUGGAGAAGUUUUCUAAGAAUAGGAAGGUUUCCAUGGAUGGAGUUAAAGCUGAUCUCAUUCUCCCCGAAGAAGUGGAUUACUAUUGGGUUAUCAUGGCUGUCAUUGCUUGUGUGAAUAAAUUUACUACUAUUCUCACAUCAAGUUACCAGCAGCUGUAAGUUUUUACUAUAAUAUUCCUUUUAUUAUUUCCAUCCCAAUUUAUAAUUAUAUGCCAUGCAUAUAUAAGUAUAUUUAUACGUACGAUCUAGAAUAUUAUGAAAAAAAUAAUGUUAAGAAAUUUAUAUAACAUACUAUAUUUUCCAUAUAAUUUAGAACAAUAUGAGUAAUUAAAUGAUAAAAAUGGUACUUUAUUAAUCUAUUAAGUCUUCCUAUCUCCAAAAUUAAAGCAGACAACU